AGGGCAACAUUUCGCACUCAAAGGUGAAGAAGAAGAAACCAGCUUCCGGUUACGUUACUGAUCAGACAUUACUGCGAGACUAGCCUUCAUUUCCAGCCUAGCAAGCUAACUGGCUCUAAUGGAGGGUAGCGCCAGCGUGAGGAGAGCGUUGUCCGGGACGCUCGUUCCAUCCGCGGUCACCACAGUAGCUCUUCGUGAACCCGAGCCGAAGGAAAAUGGAAAGCUAAAGAGAAAAGUCCUCGAUGAAGAGGAGUACAUUGAGAGCUUAGAGAAAAUCAUCCAAAGGGACUUCUUUCCAGAUGUGACAAAAUUACAAGCUCAAAAGGAGUACCUAGAAGCAGAAGAGAGUGGAGACCUCGAGAAAAUGAGAGAGAUUUCCAUCCGAUUUGGAUCAAGUUUGUCCAAAUCCACUCCACAAUCCUCUGCACCUUAUGUGACCCCAGCCAGCUUUGAAACCCCAGUGGGAUGUCCAAAAUCUCCAUCCUCCAAUCACUGCAGCAAAAGUUCAGAAGGCGAACGAAAGGAGGAUGACGGGGAAGACAAAACGCUUCCCACUCUGGACCGGUUUCUCGCCAAGACUACUAGUGAGGAUAAUGCGUCCUUUGAGCAGAUAAUGGAUCUGGCAGAAGAUAAGGAGAAGCUGAAGCACGCCUGGUUGUAUGAGGCAGAAGCUGAGUUCAAACAGCGCCAUGAGAACAAUCUGGCUUUACUGCCAGCAGAGAAAGCUGCGCUUGAAUGUGUGAAAGCUGGACUAGAAACGUGGGAGUACAAAGCAAAGAAUGCCCUCAUGUAUUACCCAGAAGGUGUUAAAGAUGAUGACAAUGUCUUCAAAAAACCAAGAGAAGUAGUUCAUAAGAACACUCGCUUUUCCGGUGACCCCUUCAGCAAAGCCCUCAACAAAAGCCAGAUACAACAGGCAGCAGCCCUCAAUGCACAGUUUAAACAGGGUAAAGUUGGUCCUGAUGGAAAAGAGUUGAUCCCUCAGGAAUCCCCCACAGUGAACGGAUACAGCUAUGAGAGAACACCUUUGCUCGCACCUGGUGUUUCUGAGUCACCUCUUAUGACCUGGGGUGAGAUUGAGAGCACCCCAUUUCGCCUGGAUGGAUCAGACACUCCGUACACUGAGAGAAACCACGGCCCAUCGUUUAAGAUUCCGGAGCCAGGAAGGAGGGAAAGGUUGGGUCUGAAGAUGGCGAAUGAAGCUGCUGCUAAAAACCGUGCGAAGAAGCAAGAAGCCUUACGGAAAGUCACAGAGAACCUUGCGAGUCUCACUCCUAAAGGUCUAAGUCCAGCGCUUUCACCCGCCCUGCAGCGGCUUGUAAAUCGGACAUCAAGCAAAUACACGGACAAAGCCUUGAGAGCCAGCUACACCCCUUCACCCUCACACAGACAGUCCAGCUGCAAGACUCCGUUUGGUGGACCCGACACACCUUCAGGAACACCUACGCCCAGCAAAGCCAAGACUCCCGGCUCUCAGGACCUCACAUCGCUCACAGACAAUCUGCUGCAGCUUCCCAAAAGACGGAAAGCAUCAGACUUUUUCUAGGAGCUGUUUGCUCUAUAAACAUUGUAAAAAGACUUUUAUAAUUAUCCCUUUUCAAUGUAAAUAGACACAAAGGUUCAUAUUUUUUGUUCAACAGUGACAUAAAAAAUUCUGUACUGGAAGCUAGAAUUUCUAAAGACGUAUUUAUUACAUUUUUGUUCAUCGCUGUAAAAUAAACAUUGCAACCUACAAUUUG